GGGCAGCGGCAGGCAGGCAGCUCCACUCACCAGAAUCUGGUUCCACACACAGUGGGACUGUGGGAAGGAACUCCCUCGCCAUGGCUUCCUUGGGGCAGAUCAUCUUUUGGAGUAUUAUUAACAUCAUCAUCAUCCUGGCUGGGGCCAUCGCACUCAUCAUUGGCUUUGGCAUUUCAGGCAAGCACUUCAUCACGGUCACGACCUUCACCUCAGCUGGAAACAUUGGAGAGGACGGGACCCUGAGCUGCACUUUUGAACCUGACAUCAAACUCAACGGCAUCGUCAUCCAGUGGCUGAAAGAAGGCAUCAAAGGUUUUGUCCAUGAGUUCAAAGAAGGCAAAGAUGACCUCUCACAGCAGCAUGAGAUGUUCAGAGGCCGGACAGCGGUGUUUGCGGAUCAAGUGGUAGUUGGCAAUGCUUCCCUGAGACUGAAAAACGUGCAGCUCACGGAUGCUGGCAUCUACACGUGUUACAUCCGCACCUCGAAAGGCAAGGGAAACGCAAACCUUGAAUAUAAGACUGGAGCCUUCAGUAUGCCAGAGAUAAAUGUGGACUAUAAUGCCAGUUCAGAGAGUUUACGUUGCGAGGCUCCUCGGUGGUUCCCCCAGCCUACAGUGGCCUGGGCAUCUCAGGUUGACCAAGGAGCCAACUUCUCAGAAGUCUCCAAUACCAGCUUCGAGUUGAACUCUGAGAAUGUGACCAUGAAGGUCGUAUCUGUCCUCUACAAUGUCACAAUCAACAACACAUACUCCUGUAUGAUUGAAAACGACAUUGCCAAAGCCACCGGGGACAUCAAAGUGACAGAUUCAGAAGUCAAAAGGCGUAGUCAGCUGCAGCUGCUGAACUCCGGGCACUCCCUGUGUGUUUCUUCAGUCUUUGUGGCUGGCUGGGCACUCCUAGCUCUCUCCUGUUGCCUAAUGCUAAGAUGAGGGGCCUUGGCCACACAAAAGCAUGCAAAGUUACUGGUACAACAGAAUCCCAGGGAUCUACAGAAAUAUUUUCCACAAGACAUGACCUAGUUUUAUAUUUCUAGAAGAAAAUGAAUUCAUGUCUAGAAGUCUGGAGUGAACAGACAGGAACAAGAUGCAAAAGGAAAACAAAAGCAACCCACAGAUGCCUCUGAUAAGAACAAGAUGGACCUAGAAAAUAAUUCAACCAAACUAGAGUGUAGUAAGCGUGCUGUUACAAUGUGUGUUGGGGUGGGUGUUUUCCUGGGUCUCAGGGACCUCCUCUUACCCAUCAGCUCCUGCGUGAGGAUGGGCUGUUAAUGAUGUCGCUCUGAGUGUUCCUGGAUGGUUUCCAUUGCCAUAUACUCAUUUCAUAUUCUGCACAUUAAACCAUAGUGCACGCUGUGAAAAGCUGCUAAUCAGCCACCACUUCACCACUCGGCGGUGGCAGUGUUUGAGUGACAGGCCCAGUGAUUCACUUCUCAUUAGGAUGCUUUCAAAAGUGCUUUGGCGUCUCCUCCCACCUGACAAAUGCCAAACAUAUAGGGAGGUUGAUCAUAAAUUUAGGGAAAACAAAAUAGUUGAAUGAUGCUGAUUUUCCAAAUAAUCCGAAUAACUUCUCCCUUGAGCAAACAAAUGCCCUGUUAUUUCUCAGAUGAUGCUGAUUUGUGAAUUGGCCCAGGGUAAGGUGCUGUCUUCAUCUUGCUAUGUGGCCUUAUGUCAUCAUAAAGUUUGAAGUUUCUACUUUCUAUCCUGCAUGGAGAGCUGUAACUUCAACUUCCACCCCCCAUAACACUGGGAGUAAACCAGGGUGAUGUCCUCCUUCUUAUUCCCCAUGUGAUAGUUGGCAAUGUGGAGAGACUGAUUGUCACAACUAAAGGAAGAGGGAUAACAGGGUCACUGGUGUCUAGAGGAAAGAGCUCAGAGAUUAUAUUCAACAUAUCUCACUGACUAAGAAUUUACCCAACUCCCAUUGCCAACCACAUCAAGGUCAGGAAAUCCUGAAUUGGAAUAAGAAAGAUCCAGAAGGUGAGUGCAAACAAACCCAUUUGUGUCCUGACAGUGGACACCUACUUCCGUCUCUGGCUACUGUUCAGAGACUCAGGUCUCUGCAUUGUGUGACAUCCUUUAGUGAACCUACAUGGGAAAUUCUCCACAGGAUUGUCUUCAGCUCACUGUACUUCUGAAUCCCCUCCCUUUAUUCUGUGCCACACAGCAAGUUUGGCUUAAUCACUGCCUGAUUUCCAUUUCAAGUUCUCUGCAUCUGGAUUUUAGAUCUCAAGACUGUGGACAAAAUAUUAGUUAAGGCAACAAAAGCAAAUCUUCCUUGAAAUAUGCAGAGACUUCUGGGCUUUGCGAGUUCUGUUUGUUUUCAGGGUGCUAGAGAUCAAACUCAGAUGCUCAUAUAUGUUAGGUAAAUGCUCUACCACUGAGUUUCACCCCGGCUCACACAGAGACUUAUGGAAGAAAAUGGGGCCAUGCUCUUUGAAAUAGAGCCUUGAGGGGUGAAGCUUGGAUGGCAAAGAACACUUCUCACCAGCGCCCUCCCCACACUUCUUUGUCAAACACGGCCUCCCUGGACCUCGGAUCACCUUCUCUGUACUACAUUUUGUUAAAGAAGGCUUGAAACCAUACAAGAGAAUUAUUAAAUACACAUC